CAAUGACUUGAAUAUUGAAAGCAUCGAGUCCUGAAUGAGAUAAAGCUCUGAAAGAAGACAUAGUUAGGAACGUUACGAACUGAGAGAAAAUGUAUGACUUAGCAAUUGUUCUACUUCUAGCCCUUCUGGCCGUGUACGCUUUCAGAUUCCUGCAGGAGAAAGCAAGGGAAGCCCCUCGGAGCUACGAUGUGUUCUUGAGCUUCAGAGGCGGAGACACUCGCACCGGCUUCACCGAUUUCCUCUACAACAGUCUGGUUGCUGCUGGGGUCCACGUGUUCAGGGACGACGAUGCGCUCCCUGUCGGCGAGGAGAUAGGCCCGGAGCUUCUCCGGGCCAUCAGGAGUUGUAGGAUUGCGAUCCCCAUCAUCUCCGAACAGUAUGCGCAGAGUAAAUCGUGCCUCCGUGAGCUCGCCGAGAUUAUGGAAUGCCACAGAAAGCAAGGCCAAUCAGUCUUCCCUGUAUUCUAUAAGGUAAAUGUUUAUGACGUACGUCGCCAACUUGGUAACUUUAAAAAGGCUCUAAGCGAACACGAGAGGCAGUGCAGCUCGGAAGAAUUGCAGAAAUGGGUGACAUCGCUGUUUUUUGUUACGUGGAUUAGAGGAUGGAUAUCCUACGCCAUUGCUAAUGGGCAUGAAGGAGAGCUUGUGAAAUUGGUGGUCGCAAAGGUUUCGAGUGAAUUGAAGACGACGUGGAUCGAAUGGCUCCCUCUAUCUCCUAUAUUGGCGUCUAAUUACCCCAUAAGAUCAGUGUAUUUUAAGUAUUUAGUGGAGAAAAGAAGAGAAAAUAAAUGCCAAGUGUUCAUGGCUUUUCGUGGCCCUGAUACUCGAUACGGCCUCGCUGCUUACCUCUACAUCAGCCUUGCGGCUGCCGGAAUUAGAGUGUUUAACGAUGAUGAUCAGUCCCUCGUAGGUAAAGGUGUUGCUGACGAGAUUAGCAACGCUAUUGACCACUGUAAGAUAUCGAUUCCAAUUUUCUCUGAAAAUUUUGCCUUCUCUCCUUGGUGCCUGGAGGAGCUAGCUCAAAUGGUUGCAUGCAAGAGAACAAAGGGGCAAAAGAUAUUGCCCAUCUUCUAUAAAGUGGAGCCCUCGCUUGUGCAACACGUCUCAGGUUGUUUUGGUGAGAAGAUGCUUCGGCAUAGGGAUCUUGUCGACGGAAGUACUUAUGAGCGGUGGGAGCAUGCUCUCAAGGAGGUUGGGUGCUCCAAAGGAUGGGUAUCGGAGAAAAUCGCCAAUGGGCAUGAAGGGGUACUUGUGAAACAGGUCGUCAAGGAGGUUUCGAGGUUGUUGAGGAAUACCCAAACGCAUGAUCCCCCAUUCCCAUCCACUGAAUAUUGACUCAAUCCUGGAGUUAGUAACAACUCAUUUUUAGCAUCUAUGAUUCCUGUUUUACAAGAGAAUUUUCCUUGACAAUCAAACAAUGUAAUUAUAUAUUGUUCAUCGUUUGCAUUACUUUUCUAGAGACUGGCAAGGAAUUCUUUUGGAGUUAACAAACAUGUCACGCAUGUGAUGUUGUGUUGUGUAACCUGUUCAAUGAAAAUGUUCACAAAAGCUGUAAACACUCGCCUGUGAGAAGCUAUGGGGCAUACGGGUUCUGUCGAACUAUUUCGAGAAUAAGAUGUUCAGGCUAAUUUACUUGUUU